GAGCAGCAGCUGUCGUGGUCGUGGUCGGUCAUUCGCGAUUCUUCAAUCGGAAGGGCAAGUUGGUGCCAUUUGCGGGCGAAUCUAGUGUAGUGGACGUUGUCGUCACUCGUCGCGUGUGCUCUGCCCUGCCGCUGUAGUGGAAUCUCCAGGAAUUAUUGGCGUCGCAAAAAUACAGUACAUUUUUUUGUCGGCGUUAUGGAUCUUCCGAGCUGUUAAUCUUCACUUCAAAUUGUCGAUUUUUAGGGCGGUAACCUUUCGAAACACAUUUGUCGUCAGCCGGUCUUCGACUGGAACGAAAGGGACCCCUUGAAAGGUCAAUUGCGGCGAUCGAUUUGCAUGCAAAUUUACCGUCCGAAUUGCGUAAUUGUCUAAAACGUUACCGUUUGUACGGGUCAACAAGCACCAACCAGGUUGACAUUGGCGACUUCGAUUCCAGUUUCGUUACCAGAAAUGGACAGCAGCAAGGAAAAGUCCACAUCAGCUACUGCAGCAGUAAGCAAUGGUUGCUGCAUCAGCAUCAGCUCACCAUCGAUUGUGGCAGCAUCCAAUGGCAUAACGCAGAGAGCCACGGAGGAAAUCGAAAUCCCAAUGCCAUGGGGCAACGUAGCCGGCAAAUGGUGGGGCUCCCGGCAUAAGCAGCCUGUGCUGGCGCUACACGGCUGGCAGGACAACGCUGGAACGUUCGAUCGUCUCUGCCCCUUACUACCGGAUGACAUUCCCAUCCUGGCCAUCGAUUUGCCGGGACACGGACGUUCCGCCCACUAUCCCAAGGGCAUGCACUACUACAUCUUCUGGGACGGAAUUGCACUGAUCAGACGAAUCGUGAAAUACUUUGGCUGGGAGAAGGUCACCCUACUGGGCCACUCGCUGGGCGGUGCCCUGAGCUUCAUGUACGCAGCUGCGUUCCCGGACGAGGUCGAGGGAUUCAUCAGUAUUGACAUUGCCGGUCCACCGGCGCGAGAUCACCACAAACAGGCAGCCAACUUGGGGGACAGUAUCGAUCGGUUUCUGCGCUACGAAUCGCUCCCAGAAUCGAAAACACCUUGCUACGGGUACGACGAUGCCAUCGAUGUGGUGCUAGCGGCUUACGACGGCUCGGUGGAUCUGCAGUCGGUGGAAGUCCUGAUGCGACGGGGAAUGGCCCCAGCGGCCGAGCGGUUCAACAAGGAUGGGUUCUAUUUUUCCCGGGAUCUUCGGCUGAAGGUGUCCCUGAUGGGUAUGUUGUCCCUUCCGCAGGUGAUUGCCCACGCGGAGAAAAUCAAAUGUAAGGUGCUUAAUAUUCGGGCCGUUCCGGGAAUGAACUUUGACAACAUCGAUUACUACCCAAGUGUGUUGGAGGCCAUGAAGAAGGGCUCGCGGAAAUUGGUGUACCAUGAAAUUGCCGGCACGCAUCAUAUCCAUUUGGUAAAUCCGGAACGAAUAUCUCAACAAGUGACCGAUUUCUUAUUAGAUAGAGAUUAGAUUGAAUCAAUUCAUUUAGGUUC